CAAUACUGAACAAUGAUGAAACUAUGCAACUCAAAAUCUGUUUUUCCUUUUUCUACCAAUAUAUCUGUCGCUUGAUGGGUAGUAAGGCCUACUCAAUCAAUGGCAUGGAUAUGUAGUAUUAUUAUUAUUGUUAUUAUUAUUUAGCUUGCUAAUGGCUUGAAUUAAAAUGAUACUAUAGAUGAGAUUUGGAUUAUGCAACUUCGAAGUUAGUGCUCUAAAUUUAAUAUAGUAGAUAGAGGGGAUUGAGAGGAGGGUAUGAGGAAGCAUGAUUCUCUUUUGUCCAAAUCCUAAGGUAAUACUAAUUAUAAUAAAAGUGGUAAAAGGUCUGAAAAGAGUGAUUUAUGUAUGGUAGAAGAUUACAAGUUAGAAGUUAGAAGCAAGGUGAUUUGGGAAAAACAAAAGUUCAAAUUUCAAUAGAAAAGAGUUGAACAAGAGACAGCACAAUUCAGUAGCUCGAGGAAGAAUUUGAGGAAAGAAGGCAAAGGCUUGGUUUAUACUUUAUACAGUCAAACCUUGCAUCAGGCCACCCAUGAAAAACUCAAUCUCUAUAAAAAAAAUAGCAAAAUCUGAGUUACUUAAAAAUAAAUUAGGAGGUUUGGUUUGUUGAAUUAAAGGUGGUGUAUUUGAUUUUAUGCAUUAGAUUAAAGAAUGAAAAUGGGAGGCAUAUUAGGAAGGAAUGAUCCUUUCCCCUGUGUAGGAAACAGCCAUCAUUGCGCCCAACUCCACUCUCUCUCAAUUUAAAUAACUCUUCUCUCUCUCUUUCUCUCCCCUUUCACUGAUUCACUCAAAGAGUAAUGGAUCCUUCUUCCACCAACUCCGUCAACGGCUUCUACUCCUUCCUCACGCGAGGAAUCGACGAUCUGGAGAGAGUGUUUCUCACCACAAAUUUCAUGUCGAUUCAAUUCCUCCAAAGGGCACUCUCUCUGCUCAGAUCCUUCCACACGCAAUUGACACUCCUCGUUCAGAAGCUCCACCUCCCCCUCGGCGACAAGUGGCUCGACGAGUACAUGGACCAAACCUCCAAGCUUUGGGAAGCCUGCCACGUCAUCAAGUCCGCCGUCUCCGCCAUCGACAACUACUCCUCCGCCGCAAUAAACAUCGCCACCUCCCUCGACUCCCACCGCCACCUCACCCCGCACCUCUCACGCCAGGUUAUGAGAGCGAUAUCUGGGUGUGGCAGAGAGGCGGUGGGGUUGGAGGAGGAGAAUCGAGGGUUAAUGGAGAAUCGGAUAGAGCCCUUGUGUUUGCGGAUGGAGGAGAGGGUGUCGGUGGAGUCGAAGCUGAACGGGUUCAACGGGUUUAGAGGGGUGUUGUAUGCAAUGAGGAACGUGAGUUCGUUGCUGCUGAUGAUACUUUUGUAUGGAUUGGUGUAUUGUUGGGGGGAGUGGUCGGAAUUGGUGGUGGGGGGGUAUGAGGGGUGUUUGUUUUUGGGGUCGGCGUUUAUGAUGUCGACGGCGAGGUUGCAGCGGCGGGUGGCGGCGGAGAUUGGGGGGGCGCAGGGGAUGUUGUUGCAUGAGUUUGGGAGGUCGAAGGUGGCCAUGGAGGAGCUGAGGGGGGAGUUGGAGAAGGGGGUGAUGGAGUGGGAGAGUGUGAGGGAGAGAGUGGAGAAUGUCAGGCUGUGUUUUGGGCUUCUCAGAUCUGGGGCAGACAACAUUGUUGCUCAGAUUGAUGAUUUCUUUGACGAGAUUGUCGAAGGGAGGAAGAGGCUUUUGGACUUUUGCAGUCAUAGGUGAAAUGAAACCAAAUCACACAGGUCUCUGUCUGCCUGAAAAAAAAAACAAAAAAAAAAAGGAAAAUAGAAACAAAGACAAGGUA